AUGUUUUCCAAAGGAAGCCCUUGGCUUUGGUUGUACUUUAGAACAGCUAUUGUUCUGGGAAGUGAGUUAAACUGCCCAGAGCAACAUAGACAAAAAUCAGUUAUAAGUUUUAACAAGUUUCACUGCAGCCUUGAGGAAGCAGAAAAUUACUAUUCUGCACAAGGAGGGCUCCUUGCUUAUACUUGGAACCAGGAGGUUCAAGAGUUUAUCUGGGACUUCCUAGAAAAAGGGAAGAAGUGGUGGAUUGGGCAAAAUUUAAUGCUGCCGGGAAAAUCACCCAAAGGCACCACCCAGGUAGUACCAGUCACAUCUGUAACUGCGAGCUCACCUUUUCCUGGACUGUCAGAGCCCACUGAGCCUGCAUCUGCAACACAUACUAGGCAGCAUCUGGAAGAAAUAAACUCCAGCCCCAAAGAGGACUCCCAUUCAGACCAUCCUCACCACCCUGCUGCAACAUCCUUUCAGAAUGUGUCUGAGCGGGUAACAGGGCUAGCUUUCAUUCCUUUCAGAGAUAUUGAUGAUAAGAACAUUGUUGGAAGCACUGGAAGUGUGUUACUGAGCUCUAAUCAUAAAUUUCUCCAAGUCCAUGAUUUAAUGGAAGAUAUUGAGAUCAUGCUCUGGAGAAAUGCUAGCAUGGAAAUUCACUCUACCAGCCUCAACGUGAGCACAGAUCAUUUUGUCACAGUGAAUGUCACUUCUCCGGAGAAAUCCCUGAUCGUGUGCAUAGAGCCUGAAACCCCCCUUUUAAUGACACUCUGUCUGGGAUUCCAGUAUCAGCCUAACCACACUUACUACCACCUGAACAUCACCCUUCCAAAGGACCGAAUGGAGCAAAAAGACAAGGAAUACACGUGGGUGCUGACACCAGAGUGUCUGAAGUAUGGGACCGGCACCUACUACAUAACCCCUGUACUGAAUAAUAGCCAGGCACAUGCUCAGCAGAUGCCACGGUUCUCUGUGGUGACAGUGGUCACUUAGUGCUACUUCUGGAACAAUCACAACAGCUCCUGGAAAAGCGAGGGGUGCCUUGUAGUUGUCACCCUGUCUGGAUCUGAGGGACAGAAGGAGCCCCAUCACCUUUGUGACCCCCAGAAAGCUGUCUUUGAAAGAGGGGCACUCUAUGUCUUCCUCCUCCACACCCAGUCCUCUCUUGGGUAACUGCACAGCCUUCAACUGCAUGACAAUUCUGGUAUCAGCCCCUUUUGGUCUGUAAACCACGUCAUAGUCACUGAUGUGGAAGCAUAAAGGAAAUGGCAUUUCCUGUGCAAUUGUUGGCUAGCGGUGGACCUGGGAAACGGCACGCAUGAUCAGAUCUUCAUACCAGCCUCUAAUAUAAAGCUCUUUUCUUGCAGGUAUCUGUUCUCCAUGAUCAUAGAAAAGUUCACCCAGGAUUAUCUAUGUCUCUCAGUUGCAACUUGACAUGCCUAGAACCAACUUACAAGAGUCAAGCAGCUCACUUGCUGUCUGACCCUGCUUCUUUGCAACAUAGUCACCAAUAUUAUGUUCUGAAAAAUAAGUGAUUCUACCACCAAAAGAAAUGAGCAAGUGGGGCCAUUUGCUGUGACCUGGUCUGGACUGCUUAUCAGCAUCCAAACUGCUGUCAUCCUUUUCCAUCUGGUGAUUGGACGGCUCUUCCAGAUGACUUAACUGUGGGAACCUCUGCCUCAGUUUCCCCGCAUUCAUCCCUUCUGUCUCUCAGAUGCUUCUUUUGAGCCUUUCUCUCUCACACACAGCUUAGAAAGCAACCUUUUAGAAGAAAAAUAUUCUUCAUCAUCACCUGGUUCAAGAGAUAAGAACAAUCCCGUCUGUGUAGCUCUAGCUAUGAACAGUCCAGUUAAGUGCCCAGAAAGAACUGUGAAAGAGAACAAAAUCCUCAAGCUGAUAGCAGAUAUUUGGGUACAAAUCCUCUUUCCUGUCCUAUUGACGUCUACAAUCUACUCUGCACAGAACUCCAAUAGAUUUUACCACCAUCAAGCAAUUUGAAAGAGUUUUUCUCAUGGUCUCUCAGAGAUAAAAAUUCUUAAGCAUUUCUACAUCUGGGCCAAUCGCACCUUCCUUCCUAACCUGUAUGGAGAUUACAGAGGUAUUUUCUUUACUUCUGUAAGACUUAACAGUUCAACUUCACUUCAGACAUCCAAGAAGGCAUUUGCCUGAUCUGUCAUCUCACAGGUCAUCUGUUAUCUCCUCAUCUGUUACUACCUUCAUACAGGUAAAUUGAAAAUGUUAGAUGGUUGCCAACUUAAAUGGCAGAGGGGGAGAUUCUUCACAGAAAGAAACAUUCUGGACAUGAGCAUAAUCCUCAUUAGUUUUGUCAUUAACAUGAAGCUUAUUUCUCUACUUAAGAAAAACUUGGCACAAUACCACUACGACCGGGACAAGUUCAUCAACUCAGAAGCUGUGAUAAAAGUAAACUCAACUGUCAUCUACCUUAAGGGAUUCUUGGUUCUACUGGCAACACUUCAGUUAUGGAACCUGCUACAUCAUAACCCCAGGCUGCAGGUUACUGGCAGAACUCCUGGGAUGAAGGUGGGCUCCUUGCUAGUCAUCUUGAUCCUGCUGACAGGCUAUGCCAUUGCUUUUAACCUGCUGUUCAGAUGGAUCAUCUCUGACUACAGAACUUUUUUCAGUUUAGCAGUGACUGCUGUUGGCCUCCUGAUGGGAACCACUCCAAACAAAGAGUUAUUUGCUUUAGAGCCUAUCCUGGGUGCCUUUCUGAUCCUCACCAGUGUGAUCUUGAUGGUACUUGUGAUCAUUAACCUUUGUUUCUGUCAUUCUAAUGAGUUUUGGUAAAGAAAGUCCCUUAAUGUAGGUAAUUCUCUAGCUUGGUUAUUGCAAAAUAUUUUAUCAUAGCUCAACUAUGCUGCUCUUAGGAUUAUAAGCCAACAAUGUAGCUUAUGAGCAUGUCCCUUUUUAUUAGUCAUCAUCACUGCCAUUUUCUGAGGAUACCCAAUUUGCCCAGUUCUCUACCCACUGUACUAUAAAAAGCUAGCUCUCAACUACUAGGUAGCAAAACCUAGCAUUCCAAUGCUAGUAUCUUCACUAUUCAUAUUUAUAAUUUCUUUGUAUCUUUGGUACUUUUUCCUCUAACAUUAGCAACAAUUCUGAUUUCUUACCUUUUUGCUUUCAAACAGACUCGGAAAGAAACUACACGGAUAAGUGUGCUGCCACAGAAGCUCUCGAGUUUGUUAGGAAUCCAGUGCAGCAGUACACAGUGAAGUUUUACAAGGUGAACUAUUCUAAUUUACUUAAUUUGGCUUACUACUUAUCUUUGCAUGGUGUAAUUAGAAGUUAUAAUUGUUAAAAAGGAAUCAAAAUCCUCUUGGCAACAAGUUCUUAGGCUUAUGGGUCUUGGCACUAACAGGAAAAGGUUAAAUCUGCAAGAGUGAUGCAGGAUCAACCACCUAUGCUGCCAAGAACACUCACCACCUGUGUUCCAGGAGGGCUAUGGGAAACAAGAAUGAGUCAGGCAUGACCUCACUGCAGUUUAUUAAAAAUAAAAGAUAAGACCCUCCCUGGUGGCACAGUGGGUUAAUGCAGCAC